AUGCCACCAAAGGCCUUCCCUUAUCGCCGGAGCUCAAAUGCCUCGGAAGAUGACUUCUUCGACAUUCCCGACGAACCAGUAUCAUCAAUAGUCAAGCGACAGCUACGUCGCAUCCGAACAUGGGUCACACUCGCCAUCCUGGUCCUGUUUAUCAUGUGGCAGCGCCGUGAACGACCGCCGCCGCCACCUUUACCGCAUAUCCAUUACGACGAGGUAGAUUGGACACGAUUUGCCUAUACGCAGUAUGCCACCUCGGAGGUCUACAUGUGCAAUUGCUUGAUGGUGUUUGAGGCAUUGCAUCGGCUCGGGAGUAAAGCGGACCGCGUGCUGUUCUAUCCCGAGGAGUGGGAUCUCAUUGUUGAGGAUGAUACUGAUCGCGUGAGCCAACUAUUGCUGGAGGCAAAGCUCGAAUACAAUGUUGUACUUAUCCCUCUCAAGAUUGAGGGAAUCAAGGAUCCAUCUGGUGCUGGAUCCGAGUCCUCAUGGGAUACCAGCAACACCAAACUCAUGGCUUUUGGCGAAUCCCAAUACGACCGAGUUAUCCACCUCGACUCCGACGUGCUCCUCCUACAGACAAUGGACGAGCUCUUCUUCCUCCCUCCUACCACCGUCGCAAUGCCGCGCGCCUACUGGCUUCUCCCAGAAGCCAAGCUCCUAUCCUCCCUACUAGUCGUCAUCCAGCCUUCCUACCGCGAAUACCUUGUUGUAGCCGGAGCCGCCGAGCCAGCUGUGAACGGUCAAGUCCAGAUGAACCUAACCGAUCACCGAUAUGACAUGGAGCUUUUGAAUGGCUUGUACGGGGACUCGGCGAUGGUUCUCCCGCAUCGGCAGUAUGGUCUGCUCUCGGGUGAGUUCCGCACAAAGGAUCAUAGUCGAUUCUUGGGCAAUGAUCACGAGAAGUGGGACCCAGAUCGUGCGUUGGCUGAGGCCAAGUUCAUUCACUUUUCAGAUUGGCCUAUCCCCAAACCUUGGGUCAUGUGGCCGCAGGAAAUGUUGGCAAAGGAACAGCCUAAAUGUGAUGAGAAUCCUGGGACGCUGCAGGAGAGUGGAUGUCGGGAUCGUGAGAUCUGGAAGAUGAUCUAUGAUAAGUACCGGAGGAAUCGAAAGGAAAUUUGUAAAUUGCUCAGCUAUCCAGCGCCAGUUUGA